ACGAUUUGAAAUCGAGCCAAAACAAGUUCGUGAGUGGCUAAACAAAAAAUAUGAAUUUAUGAGUGCCGCUUCUUACCUUUUAACACUUAACUCUGGUCGCCGGGCCCAGUUCCUGUUAUUAGAAGAAAGACUUGUUAAGUGGAUUAAUGAACGUCACAAUGAGCAGUAUGCUGUUAUCCAAAACAUAGUUGUAAGAAAGGCCAAAAUAUUAGCCGAAACUAAUGAAUUUAAAAAUACAUACUCUAACAUUGACAGCUUCAAAUUUUCUAAAAGCUGGUUGU